AUGACGGAACCUUCUGAAGGACACUCGGAAAGUGGAAACCUCGGGAAAAUGAAUAGUAAAGAAGAGACCACGCAGCAUUGUCCAGGAGGAAACCCGAAUGCGGCAAACGAGCAUUCCGUGCCACACAGCGAGAACAGGUCACAGAAACGUGUUCUCGGAAAUGUCGUUUUUAAUACACGCCGGAGAUUUCGCGCCGGAAAGAAGUCGCAUUUGUGCCUGGAGUGUGGGAAAGGUUUUGGGCACAAAUACGAUCUGUCGGCGCACGAGAAAUCCCACAGGGACAAAAGGCGUCAUUCCUGUUCAGAGUGCGGAAAAAGUUUUCUGCGCGAGGCAACUCUGCGGGAGCAUCAAAAGCUACACGCGGCCGAGAACACGCAUUCUUGCCCCGUGUGUGGGAAAUGUUUUACACGUAACACCAGCCUUGUUCAACAUCAGAAAUCCCACACGGGGGAGAAGCCGUAUUCCUGCCCCGAGUGUGGGAAAAGCUUCUCGCAAAAGUUCUCCCUCUCUAGACAUCAGAGUUACCACAAAGGGGAAAAGCCGUUUUCCUGUUCCGAGUGCGGGAAAAGCUUUGUACUUGAACAAGAUCUAAGUAGGCAUCAGAAAUGUCACACGGGCGAGAAACCGUAUUCGUGCUCCGAGUGCGGGAAAUGCUUUUUACAGAAGAAAGCAAAUGUUAAUAGACACCAAAGAUCUCACACAGGGGAAAAGCCAUAUCCCUGCCCUGUGUGUGGGAAAAGUUUUUCACAGAAGUGCCAUCUUACCACACACCAGAAAGGUCACACCGGCGAGAAGCCGUAUUCCUGCUCUGAGUGCGGCCAAUGUUUCACACGCAAAUCGCUGCUAGACAGACAUCGCAGAUCCCACACGGGCGAGAAGCCGUUUUCUUGCCCUGAGUGCGGGAAAGGUUUUUCAGAUAAGUGGCAUCUUACCACACACCAGAAAGGCCACACGGGGGAGAAACCGUAUUCUUGCCCCAUGUGCGGAAAAGGUUAUUCACAGAAGGCAGAACUUGUUAUACAUCAGAGUUCUCACACUUUUUCACACGAUUAG